CUCAUCACUGGCAGAGUAGAGGUAUAAAAGUGAAAUGUCUCAAGUUGAUGUUACCAUUCAAUCCUUCUCAAUUAAGAAGGUGAGAAGAUGAUGUUAUUACUCCUGUACUUCGCGACGGCGGCUUUCGCAGCCAGCUUAGAAAAUACCUAUCUGCCACCAGGCAACGCAAAAGAUGCAGGUGGUCACAAUGAAUUCCUUCAUGCCCCAAUAAAGCAAGCUUCAUUUACCAGUGGCACCGUGACUAACUCGCUUAAUAAAGCUGUGGAGCCCAUUCGCCGCGAACCACCUGCGAAUAUUCUCAAGUUUGAAAACGUCAACGAUGGAUUUGGAAGCUAUUCGUAUGGGUACGACACCGACAAUCACAUCAGCGUCUACGAAACGGGCCAAUUGAAAAAUUUGGGAAGUGAGAAUGAAGUUAACGCAGUCCAUGGAUCUUUCUCAUACAGGGGAAUUGACGGUAUCGAAUACACAGUGGAAUAUACAGCCGAUGAAAAUGGAUUUCAGGCCAGAGGUGCCCAUUUGCCAACACCGCCACCCAUACCGGAUGUCAUUCUCAAAUCGUUAGAAAUCAACGCGGCUUCUGCAUCGGACAAUGAUGACGGCCAGUACAAGGCGACAGCGUAUAUUCCCCAACACGCAUCCCCUAAAAAGGUGGACGUUGAACAACAGAAACAGGGUUAUCAUUAUUAAUAUUGUACGUUGAAGUACGCACUAACAAAGGUUUACAAGUGACUGACUGUUGAAUUAUGUAGGAUUUAGGUUGACUUAUGGUUGAUUUCUAUUACCAAUCACGAAAAUACUAUAGACUAUUUAUAGGGAGCAUGAUUACACCCUUCUGACCCUUCCCCAUAUCAUUUUUCAUUCAGAAAAAUGUUGU